AUGGCGACUCCGUCCGCUGCCUUCGAGGCCCUUAUGAAUGGAGUGACAAGCUGGGAUGUCCCCGAAGACGCCGUCCCGUGUGAACUGCUCCUUAUUGGAGAAGCCUCCUUCCCGGUGAUGGUGAAUGACAUGGGCCAGGUCCUCAUCGCGGCCUCCUCCUAUGGCCGAGGGCGCCUGGUGGUCGCGUCCCACGAGGACUACUUGGUGGAGGCCCAGCUCACCCCCUUUCUCCUCAACGCAGUGGGUUGGCUUUGCUCUUCCCCCGGGGCGCCCGUGGGUGUACACCCCUCCCUGGCACCCCUGGCCAAAAUCCUGGAGGGCUCUGGAGUGGAGGCAAAGGUUGAGCCGGAAGUGAAAGACUCCCUGGGGGUUUACUGCAUUGAUGCCUACAAUGAAACCAUGACUGAGAAGCUGGUCAAGUUCAUGAAACGUGGAGGAGGCUUGCUCAUUGGAGGCCAGGCCUGGGAUUGGGCCAACCAGGGCGAUGAUGAGAGGGUUCUGUUCACGUUCCCGGGGAACCUCGUGACCAGCGUGGCCGGUGUGUACUUCACCGACAACAAAGGGGACACGAGUUUCUUUAAAGUCUCUAAGAAGAUGCCCAAGAUCCCAGUCUUAGUGAGUUGUGAGGAUGAUCUCUCUGAGGACAGAGAUGAGCUCCUGCACGGGAUUUCCGAGCUGGACAUCACCAAUUCGGACUGUUUCCCAUCCCAGCUGCUAGUGCACGGGGCCUUAGCCUUCCCCCUGGGCCUAGAUUCCUACCACGGCUGUGUCAUAGCAGCUGCCCGCUACGGCCGGGGCCGGGUGGUCGUGACCGGCCACAAGGUCCUAUUCACCGUGAGUAAACUGGGCCCCUUCCUGCUCAACGCCGUCCGCUGGCUGGACGCGGGCCGCAGAGGCAAGAUCGUGGUGCAGACAGAACUGAGGACUCUGAGUGGGCUGCUCGCCGUGGGGGGCAUAGACACCAGCAUCGAGCCCAAUCUGACCAGCGAUGCCAGCGUCUAUUGCUUUGAGCCCGUGAGCGACGUCGGGAUCAAGGAGCUGCAGGAGUUCGUCGCCGAGGGCGGGGGCCUGUUUGUCGGAGCGCAGGCCUGGUGGUGGGCCUUCAAGAACCCAGGCGUGUCCCCUUUGGCGCGGUUCCCAGGAAACCUCCUCCUCAACCCCUUUGGCAUUAGCAUCACCAGCCAAAGCCUCAACCCGGGGCCCUUUCGUACCCCCAAGGCGGGGAUAAGGACCUACCACUUCCGUUCCACCCUGGCUGAGUUCCAGGUUAUCAUGGGCAGGAAGAGAGGGAACGUGGAGAAGGGCUGGUUGGCCAAGCUGGGCCCCGACGGCGCGGCUUUUCUGCAGAUCCCCGCCGAGGAGAUCCCCGCCUACAUGUCGGUGCACCGGCUCCUAAGGAAGCUGCUGAGUCGCUAUCGGCUCCCAGUGGCGACCCGUGAGAACCCCGUCAUCAACGACUGCUGCCGGGGUGCCAUGCUGUCCCUGGCCACGGGGCUCGCUCACUCCGGAAGCGACCUCUCUCUGUUAGUCCCCGAAAUUGAAGACAUGUACAGCAGCCCCUAUCUGCGCCCCUCGGAGUCGCCCAUCACCGUGGAGGUCAACUGCAACAAUCCGGGCACCAGGUACUGCUGGAUGAGUACCGGGCUCUACAUACCCGGAAGGCAAAUUAUUGAGGUCUCCCUGCCUGAAGCCGCUGCCUCUGCUGACCUGAAGAUACAGAUUGGCUGCCACACCGAUGACCUGACCAGGGCCAGCAAGCUGUUCCGAGGCCCCCUGGUGAUUAACCGCUGCUGCCUGGACAAGCCCACCAAGUCCAUCACGUGCCUCUGGGGGGGCCUCCUGUACAUCAUCGUGCCUCAGAGCAGCAAGCUGGGCACCGUGCCCGUCACGGUUAAGGGAGCUGUGCAUGCUCCCUACUACAAGCUCGGGGAGACAACCCAGGAGGAGUGGAAGCGGCAGAUCCAGGAGAACCCAGGUCCCUGGGGAGAGCUGGCCACGGACAACAUCAUCCUGACGGUGCCAACCGCGAACCUCCGCACCCUGGAGAACCCCGAGCCGCUGCUCCGCCUCUGGGACGAGGUGAUGCAGGCCGUGGCCCGGCUGGGGGCCGAGCCCUUCCCGCUGCGUCUGCCUCAGAGGAUCGUUGCCGAUGUGCAGAUCUCAGUCGGCUGGAUGCACGCAGGCUACCCCAUCAUGUGCCACCUGGAGUCGGUGCAGGAGCUCAUCAGUGAGAAACUCAUCAGAACCAAGGGCCUCUGGGGCCCCGUGCAUGAGCUGGGCCGCAACCAGCAGCGGCAGGAGUGGGAGUUCCCCCCGCACACCACCGAGGCCACCUGCAACCUGUGGUGUGUCUACGUGCACGAGACGGUCCUGGGCAUCCCUCGAGGACGAGCCAACAUUGCUCUGUGGCCCCCGGUUCGGGAGAAGAGGGUCCGCAUUUACCUGGGCAAGGGUCCCAAUGUGAAAAACUGGAAUGCCUGGACGGCCCUGGAGACGUACUUACAGCUCCAGGAGGCCUUUGGGUGGGAGCCGUUCAUCCGUCUCUUCUCCGAGUACAGGAACCAGACCAACUUGCCCACAGACAACAUCGACAAGAUGAAUCUGUGGGUGAAAAUGUUCUCCCACCAAGUGCAGAAGAAUCUGGCUCCGUUCUUUGAGGCCUGGGCCUGGCCCAUCCAGAAGGAAGUGGCAACCAGCCUGGCCUAUCUGCCUGAAUGGAAGGAAAAUAUAAUGAAAUUGUACCUCCUCACACAGAUGUAA